AUAUGCUUUGUGAACAGAAUUCAGAGGCGCCGGAGAAGAUGAAGCUGAAGCAACUAGAAGGCUUGUUGGGUGAUCUUGAGCAGUUCUCCAAUCCUAAAGUGGAAUUGGAGCAAUACCCAACUGGUCCUCACAUUGCUUCUCGCAUGCUUUUCACUGCAGAGAAUUCAUAUGGAGACAUAACUGAUAAGGUUGUCGCGGAUUUUGGCUGUGGAUGUGGUACUCUUAGUGCUGCUGCUGCUCUUCUAGAUGCAGCUUGCGUGAUUGGAUUCGAUAUCGACCCUCAAUCUCUUGAAACAGCAGCACUAAAUGCAGAGGAACUUGAGGUGGAGAUUGAUUUCGUUCAGUGUGACAUUACAAAACUAGAGUUAAAAGGCCAGAUUGUAGAUACCGUUGUAAUGAAUCCUCCCUUUGGUACACGAAAGAAAGGAGCUGACAUGGAGUUUCUCUCUGCCGCAAUGAAGGUCGCCUCACAAGCUGUUUAUUCAUUGCAUAAGACAUCUACGAGAGAACAUAUUAAAAAGGCGGCGUUGCGUGAUUUCAAUGCGAAAAGUGCUGAAGUUCUUUGUGAGCUCCGGUAUGACUUGCCGAAACUCUACAAGUUCCACAAGCGAAAAGAAGUCGAUAUUGCUGUUGAUCUCUGGCGUUUUGAGCCUAAGAACUAGACCGUCAGGUCUUGAAAUGUUUAGCAUUGAGUUAAGAACUUAAGAUUGAUUGAUAUAUAUGAAAGGAUUCUUGAUAUGAAGUCAAGUUUUAUGCUCUCAGAUUUCGGCAAAAGAUCCCCUCUCUGCGUCUCUGUAUCUCUUUAAUCUCAGUCAAUGGACAUUUCUCAAAACCAGAUUUUACAAUCUUAAGCAG